AUGGCCCUGCAGCCAGAAGAGCAGUGGCUGAAGCGCGACAUCCACGAUCCCGUUUUCGACGGCAUGGUGGCCCAGUUCAAUGAGUUCGACCAGUCACUGCAACAGGUGAAUUCCAGCUUGGUGCCUUUUGUGCGAGGCAUCCAUGAGUUGGCUGCAGGUGUACAGAGUCUGUCUGAUGGAUUGGCCGAGCAGCUCAGGCUGGCACAGGAUCGCGUUCUAGUGACGGAAGGGUGCAGGCUGCGUGAAGCCGCGCAGAACAUCGCUCGCCAUGACGCCCCACACAGCGCCGUGGCACGCUUCAACCGGAACAUGGAGUUCAACAUCACCACUCCUUUGAAGGACCACUUGGCCAACAACGAAAAGUUGCGGAAGGAGCUGGAGAAGCGCGACCUGUGCCUGGCUGCUCUGAAGGAGGCCCUCAAGCAGGUCGAGCUUUGCGAGGCGCAUGCAUUGCAAGACACCGACCUCCGGCGAAAGCUGGCCAAGUCGGAGUUCCAAGCCUCCAAGGCACAGUUCGAGCGAAUCAACCGAAGCGUCUUCGAGUGGCUCUACACCCUCGAGGAGCAUAGGGAUGACAUCCUUGACUCCUGUCUCCAGACUUUGAAGCACCUGCAGUACGACUUUUUGGCUUCGGCUGCCCACUCCAUCUCUGAUGUGCUGCCCGAACGCAUGGCUUUCCGGCGCAUGACCGAGAUGAUGCCCGAGUGCUUGGAGGCCCAUGUACAGAACGAGCUCCAGAGCACGCAGGAGUCCCUGGAGGGCGAGACUGGCGAGAUCUUCGCUCUGCGGCUAGUGGAGCGGCUUGCACGGGAUGGAAAGGAGCGGCCAGGCGCCGCACCCGAGUCGGCCCCUAGCGCGCAGCCUGUGGACCCCUUGUCGCUUUCUUCGCUGCUCUCGCACGGCUUCGAGGAAGGCCCAGCUCGCCGUGCCUUGCGGCAAACGGGCAACGACACCCAGGCUGCCAUGGAGCUACUCCUGGGCAGCGAGGAUGGGGAGUUGGUGCGCCAGCCUGUGACGGCACACCGCGAAGCGCUUGAGACCUCGCCGCAGCCCUGCCAUGCGGCUGGGCCUACGGCUCUCGGAAUACGGGGACAAGGUGUCGCCCGAGCGCGUUCCUAA